AUACAAUUGAACCAGGAAGUUACCGAUUUUAACAUUUUUGUCUCAUUUGAGUUGUGACGAUCGCUCGUACUUUACAGAGAUUUCGGUAUUCACAGAAUUCAUCUGUCUUUAUAAUACUAUAGGUGUACCACUGACAACAAAUCCCAGCAAACAGACUUGUUAUUUAUGGAAAAGCGUUUAAACUUUAUAUAAGACAUUAUGAUAAUUCCUGCAUACCUGUGCAUACAGGUGUGUUACCUGUACAAUGAAGUGACAUACACACAUGGAGUUAGGGAAGCUAAAAAUCAACGAUAUUUAGAUUGCUGCUGAAAUGCUAUCAUACACAACAGAUGUAUAGACCAAAUCGAUGGAAAUCAUGGAAUUUCGGGUUCAGUGACAUUCCAGAACGACCCUAUUCGCAAACCAACAUCAGUUCCGAUUCUAUAUAUGAGGAUGAUGAGGCUGCACCUGUCCACCGUACUGCAUUAUCGCCAGGUUUGGGUGAACAACGACAGUCAAAAGCAGGUUAUGCAUCCUCGCCAGGUUUGGAUGAACAACGACAAUCGAAAGGAUUCAUGAAAAAAAUUCUGGGAUUUUUUAAACGGAUCAAACUAGGCGGAAAGAAAAGGAGCGUAACCAAGGGUUUGGAAAACUGGGAGUUCAAAUCUGCGUAUAAUACACCUGAAGUGGAACAGCAAGAAUAUACCUCAUAUAAAGACAACCAAAAGCCAACCCGUCCUCGAUCGUAUCCCUUUUCAGGGGCAGAAAAUGCGUAUGUGUGUUUAGACGAUGGAACGGAAUUUUAUCGACGAACCAUCUCCUCAGGAAUACAUACAGACUAUGGCAGCAUCGGUGGAUAUAACGUAAAGAGGACACGGCGUGUUGCCAUCAGCGAUACAAUAAGUCGCGCUUUUACUAUAUCAGAAGCCGGCACACCGCCAUCUGAUUAUCCUCAAGGUUGCGUUUCUAUAGAGCCGAGAGCCGGCACACCGCCAUCUGAUUAUUCUCUGGAAAGUGAGGAGAGCAAGAUGUCAGAGUUGAUGAACCAGUCUCAAUUAGAUGUCAAUUGUGAACACGAUUUUCUUCAUGACAGCAAAGGAUUCCCAUUCAAUGUUGCCCGACUGUUGGCAAUUAAGUUGAAAUUGGAAGAACGUUUCGUCGUGCCAACAACAGAUGCAAGUGGAAAACAUACGUUCAUUAUAUACGACAAAGAACAAGGAAGAGACAGAAUCACAACAGAACUGGGGCAAGAAGUGCUAAUCCGAAAUCCAAAAUCUAUAAAGAGUGAAGGAUUGGAAAUAACCAACUAUUGCAGAGAAAUACGUCUUGACAUAAAACCAUCACAGAGAACUUUGUUAAAGCGUAUCAUUCAGAAGCACGCUGACGAACUGUUCACAAAACAUAGUAAUAUAAACUUUAUUGGAACGAGUCCGGUAAAAUCUUGGAGGAACGGAAAUAAUGUCCGAAAUGAAGAAUGCAUUGUGAUAUACUGCAGUUCAAAAGGGUUUAUUCCUUUUGGUGAAGAAACAUUUCCAACGCAACUAACCGUCGGGGAAGUAACUGCUUCAACGGACAUCAGAGAAGGAUACUUUCAGUUUGGUCCCUACGCAUACACGACAUCAAGGAGUAGUGAUAUCCACGACAGGUUGAAGAUGGGCUGCCAGUUUGGCGUUGAAGGAGGUUCAGGGUCGGGUACUAUAGGUCCUUUCGUUAAUUUUAAUGGCAAUUUGGCUUUUUUGACAUGCGCACACAUCAUUUACGGUAUAGAUGAAAACGGUUACACGUAUGAUGACCCUGCAGGCAAUAUUAAAAUUGAACAACCGUCGUCUGUAAACUUCGGUUCGACUGGAAAUCGGUGUGGUAAGGUCACGCGAGCAGUGUUCAGACCAGACUUGCCCUCAAGUGUUGAUGCCGCAGUUGUGGAGAUAACAGAACAAUCACGUCAACCAGUAAGCGGUGAAUUUGCUGUAGAUAACCCGAUCCGGAUGCAACAUGCAGGGUUUGACGAUCUUCCUUACUUCAAUUCUGGAAAAAUUCACAUGAACCCGAAUACUAUCGACAGUGACAAGAGAAUGGUGAAGUUUGGGUCGGAAACGCAUGUGACAAGAGGGACUCUAAUCAGCGAGGGAACAGUGGUGACGCCAGUCUCUACCGAAAUGGGCUUAUUUGGCCAUACUGGGAGAAAGGUUCUUAUGAGAAACCAAAUGGAAAUUGCCGGAUUAACGAGUCACGGUGCGGUCUUCCAGCCCGGUGAUUCCGGAUCCGGUGUCUUUUUCGUGGAUCGAACGGGCAUGGGACAGGAACUCACUUGCAUAGGUAUGGCCAUAGGAUCAACCUCUAACGGAACCGCCGUUGUGACACCAAUAGUCGAUAUAUUGGAUGCAUUGCAGUUACCGAGAUCACUUUGGCAGUUUCCUUAAACCUGAGCCGCACCUUAAUGACAACAAGCGUUAUUUUUCUUUGUUACGGCUUUACAGCUCAUUGACAAAAGGCGUCAACAAAUAUUCGACACCUUUGCAAAACAACCUAACGUUUAAAAUUUGCAAGAUGUUUAGUAUCACGAGUAUUGUAAACGCUAUGAUUAGUAUAGACGCAUAUUUCAUCUAAAUACUUGGAAGUUGUUACGAGGACCUAUUUCAAAUCACUGCAUGUUACCAAAAAAAUUAUAAACAAUGAAUGUUGUUUCACAAGCGAAACCAUAAGGUUGGUAUUCACCAUUUCGCAAGUGUGCAUGAGUAAUGUAUGUAUCUGAUUCGGCUCAAAACUACCUCCUCUUUCUUGUUGUUUCUAUGGUGACACCGUGCAUUGUUAUUAGUACUCUCCAUCAAUUGUUACAAUAAUUUAUUUUUUUAGGUCAAAAAGAACGCAUAUUCCCUAAAUUUUAAUCCCAUGUUCGAAGUCCUCAAUUAAAAACCGGACAUCAUAUAUGUGAUUUGAAUAGUAUAAACUUGUACAUUUGUUAUUAAAUAAUAGGAUUAUCAAUAAAGUUUGGUAACUAGUUGAAAUAAAUUCCAGAUAUUCAGUUUUUCAGUUAGUUCUCUAUCCAAAUUACACACACCUUUUCGAACAAAAUGAGCACAAAUGACCAGAAAACUCAGAUUUAGAUUCAUCAUCAAUCGAUAUUGUUAUUAAGCUUAAUAUUCCAGGAUGGAAAAUUCGGCCGUCUAAAGUAGUUUUAGAAUUACACAAUAAUGAAAAUCUCCUGCUCUCCCUUUUCAUUACAAGAGCACUUUUUCAAAUUACAUCUCACGAUUCGCAAAUCUCUGAGGUCGAAGCGAAGGUUGGCAGCGUAUUUUUUGUCCUGCCGUUUACCCAAUAUUGCCUCAAUGUUUAUAGCUGAAUUAAAUGUUGGUCUGGCUUCGGAUGAAUAUCAAAAGAAUAAAAUUGAUGUUUUGAUUCAUUGUAACUACUACAAAGUAUUAAAAAUCGGAACUUUAACAACAAUGUGAUGCUAUUCGUACCAAGGUAGAAGGUAGAUAGAUAGAGCAUUCCUUAAUCUACAACCGAAAUAUAUUAAACUACCUUAUUCUGAUUUAAAACCUUCCACAGCAAAUUUUGUCCAUACGAAUUGGCAAACUAAAUGGUCUAAAGAAAUAAACAUUUAGUUAUUUUUAAAUCAACCUAAUGCGGAUUUGUUUGGGAAAUUGUCCUCUCCCGACUGCUACAGGUCAUACCUUCGUCACGUAAGAAAAACCAGCCUUAUUGUUAUUCAUGUGAACCAUUUGCAGUGAAAUAUUUUAUGAUUGAAUGCGCAGAUUUCAAACAAAUAAUAUAAUGUACCGUUUGUAAAAAGUGUAUUUGAUAUAGUUUCUGUGCGAUUAAUAUAUAACUAUUUACACUUAGUUGAACUUCACAAUAUUAUACGACAUACUUUACAACUAAUUUGUUUGCUAUUUAUGUUUUUACAUCAUUUAUAUAUUUUGAGUUAUUCAUUUCUAGUUUGAUGUGAUCAUUUUUGUGAAUGUCUAUUUUUACAUUUCUGUUUGAACUUUAAUGACUCGCAUUUUCUUGCAAUGGUGGGCGCCAAGAUCCCUCUGGGAUGUUUUGUUAUUUAAAUGUAUUUAUAAUCAUAUUUAUUAGACUAGAUUUAUUCAAUAAAUAUUUCUUUUCAAAUAAAUUUUUAUUCAAAUGUUGUUCGUUCCUAUUUAAAUUAACCUUCUUCGCCGAUAUAUAUGAAACUUGGAUAACAUUUUAAGUACUUUAAGUGGUCAUUGAAUUGAAAAAAAAUGUGAAACAUAAACUACUAAUUUCACAUGCGGCUCGUUGACAUUAUGACAUCCUCAAUACUCAAGGAUUUACGCUCACUUUCGCUCUCUGCACUCCUGGAAUAUGUCAGCACGCUGCUUAGUGUUUGCUUGGUCGCAGGUAAAACAAAACCGGUCAUUUUACUGUUAUGCAACCAAGAUUGUCUUCUGAUGUACAUCUAAAGGAUCAAACUAGUCUUCUCUUUUCAUCCUCAAUGUUGCAUACACCGAGCCUUUCAAUUUGUCAUGACAUAAAUCAAAGGUGCAGAGAGCGAAAGUGAGCGUUAUCCCUGAAAUAUCGAGGACAGCAUUCUGAAUGCCCACUGCAUUACAGUGUUCAUUUUCCUGUAAUGCAGUGGGCAUUCAUAUUGCCUGUAAACCGAACCUUAAAGCAGAUUAAUACUUAUAUUUACCUUUCACGUCUUUCUGUGUUUUAUAAAAAUAACGACAGUAAAGUAUAAACAUCCUUACAAACUUCACUGUAAUUAAACACAACAAUAUUGUUAAUAAUUUUGAUUAUUGACAUUGUUGUAUUGAUAACAUCACAACACUCCGUUAAAUUCGAAACAAAAAAGAAUUAUACUUUUGAAAGAGGUUUUGUAUAUGCGUGUGUCAUCAAUGCCGUUCAGAAAUUGAAAGAGUAUAAUAUAAUCAACUUAUUAUGAGAUAAUAUGAGAGUUUGCUUUGUUUAUGAUCAUAUUUGUGCUGAAAUUUUUUUAUUUGAUUGCAAUCAUUUUCUCUCUGUAUUCAUUACCUUAAAUACACAACAGACUCACUUCGAACAGAAACACGAACAUAUCGCAGCCCCCCAAAACACACACGCAUACACUACACUCAUGCAUCUUGCACACAUGAGAGACCGUAUAUGUAAAUAGGACGUUAAACAAUACUUAACCAAACCAAACCAAAAUUAUCGACUAGAAAAACUACAAAGUAUUGAACAGAGAGGGAGAGACGGCAGUCUAUUUUCGACUCGAAACACUCAAAAAUAUUGAACAGAGAGGGAGAGAGACCAGUCUGUAUUGCACAGAGAUAGAGAUAGACCAGUCUGUAUUAAACAAAGAUGGAGAGAGCAGUCUAUUAUCGACUAGGAAAAAUUCAAAGUUUUGAACAGAGAUGGAAGAGAGCAGUCUUUUAUCGAGUCGAAAAAACAAAGUAUUGAAGGAGCCGCGGUGGCCAAGUGGUUAAGGCGUCUGACAAUCUGCUACCACUAGCCCUCUACUACUUGGUCGCUGGAUCGGCGCCUACGUGGGGCAGUUGUCAGGUACUGGCCGUAGGUCGGUGGUUUUUCUCCAAGAACUCUGACUUUCCUCCACAAACACAACCUGGCACGUCCUUAAAUUGCCAUAAUAUAAUGUACCAUUUAUAAAAAGUUUAUUUGAUAUAGUUUCUGUGCGAUUAAUAUAUAACUAUUUACACUUAGUAAAACCUCACAAUAUUAUAUGACAUAUUUUACAUCUCAUUUGUUUGCUAUUUAUGUAUUUUUACAUCAU